CGUCCCGGACGGGGAAUACGCUAGAGAAGAUACCCCCUUAAAAUAUAUAAUUUUACGCGCCGCCCUAAAUAAGCCGUUUAUUCAUAGCGGUAAAUAUUUCGGAGAGAAACACGCUAUAUGUCAGUAAAACUGAAAGUGAUUUUAGAUAUAAACGUUAACUCAACCGAUAGAUGUUCCAGUGAAUGCGUCGCGCUCGUGUAUUUUAAACUGGACGUGUGGCUGUUUUUAACAGCUCAGAUAUGGCUCGGGAGCGGGUGGUGCAGAAGAAGUCUUUCCAGCAAAGUCUGGACGACAUCAAGGAAAAAAUGAAGGAGAAACGGAACAAGCGUCUCGCCAACGCUUUAGCUGCCAGUCAUGGCCUGUCAAAGCUGAAGAACAAAAACACAGCUGCAGUGAAGCCGUUUGUACUGAAGAGUGUUCAGGUGAACAACAAAGCUCUUGCAUUGGCUCUGCAGAUAGAGAGAGAAAAGGUACGGCAAGCACAGGGGGUCAUUCUGCAGCUGAAGAAAGAAAGGCAGGCGCUCUUCUUUCACCUGCUGAUGCUGAAGAAAACACUGAGAGAUCGGGGAGCCCUUGAAAACGCUCAGAUUUCUCCUCCUGCUGAGACAAGUUCACCAAGUCACCCUGUCAAUCCCAGGCCAGUACCUGUGUUUGACACUGAUAUUCAGAAGCCUCACCCGGAAGAGCCCCUCGUGGAGUCAUCUGUUACUGCCGGCACCGCGACUGUUUCUGGUGGUCGUGGUGACAGACACGUUUCAUUGCCCCCGACAGUGGGAACGAGACGAAAGAGGCGGAGUGCGCGUUUUGACUCCACCUCUGUGGAGAAGUGCGUUACAGACGUAUUGGAACCCUCUUGCUCUGAAAAGAAACAAGAAGUGUCUGUUGAUAAAAGACAAGAAGGGGAACUUAGCAUUCCGCUGGAUGACAUUCGUAAUGAAGAGGAAGAACAUAAUGAGGAACUAAGAUUUGUUGGGCCAGAUUCUAAAACGUGUGUACCUGACAAUCUUAACACAGAUUUAGACACUGAGCCUCCAGAAAUCCAGCACUCAACGCCUGAGCCCCCACAGAGGACCACCAGGCAGCCCAAGAGGAAACCCGCUCAAGCAGCCCCCCGCAUCAAACCAGAGAGAGGGCGCAAGCCAGACCGAGCUCCGCUGAAGAAGCCGUGGGAAAACUCCAAACCGCGAGCUCGCUCCAAGAGCCGAGACCAUUCGCAGAGUCGUGCAAGAGUGGCUCUCCCACCUGGCGAUCGCCUCAACUCCUCAUUGGGUGGCAAUGACACGUUUGACUUUGACUGUGAAGAGGCGGUUCAUCUAACACCUUUCAGAGCAGGCAACAAAGCCGUGGAGAAACCAUCACCUGACACUCGGGUUGCAGAAGAGGUCCAGCACGAUCCUGCUGUAGAGACCAACAACAGUUUAUCAGAAGGGGAGCAGGAUGCAGAUGAUAGCCUGUACAUGCCAAAAAGGAAGUCCAGAAAAGCUUGUAGUCCACCACCAAGACGAGCUCGCUCCAAAAGACGGUCGAUUCAAGAGGCCAGAAAAAACAGAGGCAAAGAAAGUAUCUCUAAUAAACGUGCUGAAACAAAGCACACAGAAGAACACAGGACUGAAAUUGCAGAUACUGGCAAACAUCGUCCAGACGCUCUUGACACGGGCGCUCUACCAGAAUCACCAGUUUGUGUUCUUCAGGAAGAUGUCAGCCAGUCAGAUCCAAGAGAAGAGAUCAACCGAUCACCUACAGAGGCUCAAGAGUCUCUGAUUCCUGUUACCCCUGGUGAAGAGGCAGAACUUAUGAUGAUUGACAGCCCAAUAUUUGAAUUUCCAAAGUGCCUGAGCAACUCAUCUGAUCAGGAGAAUGAAAUGCAUUUGGUGAUGAAUAACGGCAUAAGAAAAGGUGGGCUGGUUGUUUGCUCCUUUCUGGGCUUGGGUUUGAGUGAUGUCACAAAUCUCUCCCCUGCAGUCUAUCAGAAGCCAAUGUCUGCUCAAAGCACCCCUGAACUCUCCACCCGUAAGCGUCGUUGCACGAGCACCGUCAACUAUAAAGAGCCAUCGAUCAGUUCGAAACUUCGACGUGGUGACAAAUUCACAGACACUCGGUUUCUGCGGUCCCCUAUCUUCAAACAGAAUCCCACGUCCCGUCGGAGUUCAAUCAAAAAUAUGGAAAAAUACAGCGAGUCUUUUGUGGGCUGUCGUUAAUAGAAUAAUCUUGAUCAAACAUUGUAGAAUAAUCUCUAACCAUCUUAAUUUCAUUUAAUAUGUCUAAAGUAAACUAUUGCCGUUUGUAAAAUGGUUAUCACUUUGCUUUUCUUAGUGUUACGAUUUUGUGAAUAUUAAAGUUUGUCAUUUUAA